AUUUCAAUACCCUGGUAGGUAAUAUGCUGUACUGUUGUUGACUGUAUGAAGUGGGCGGUUCUGUCCAAUUCAUGUAAUUUCUUCCGGUUGGAAAGAAUUUUCGGCUGUGCUGUGGUUCACAAAAUCAAGACAGUCUGCAAAGGAGGAGGUCGAUCCGGCUGCACUGCUCCUCCUUGUGUGUCUGCGAUGGCGUCGAGCCUUCUGCGUGUGGUGGCUACCAGCUGCUCUGCUCCACUGUUCAGUGGGGUGGCCUGUGUUCGGCUCCAGGCUAGUGCCCGGUCAGUGAAGGCGCCAUGCCUGCGCUUCUUCAGGACUCAGCAAGCUCUCAACCGCUGCGCCAGUCCAGGUAUUCCCUAUAAGCAGCUGACAGUGGGUGUACCGAAGGAGAUCUUCCAGAAUGAGCGUCGUGUGGCUCUGUCCCCGGCCGGAGUGCAGGCCCUUAUCAAACAGGGCUUCAACGUGGUGGUGGAGUCUGGGGCAGGAGAGCCCUCCAAGUUCCCCGAUCAACACUACAUCCAGGCUGGAGCCACCAUCAAAGAUGUCAAAGAUGUCCUGGCCUCUGAUGUACUGGUCAAGGUGCGUGCUCCCGUCUUCAACCCUGAGCUGGGAGCCCAUGAGGUGGAGCUGAUGAAGGAGGCAGCCACUUUGUUCAGCUUCAUCUACCCGGCCCAGAACCCUGAGCUGAUGGACAUGCUGUCCCAGAGGAAGGCCACUGUGCUGGCCAUGGACCAGGUGCCCCGCGUCACCAUCGCACAGGGCUACGACGCUCUCAGCUCCAUGGCUAACAUUGCAGGAUACAAAGCUGUGGUGCUGGCAGCCAACAGCUUUGGGCGCUUCUUCACUGGACAGAUCACUGCUGCUGGGAAGGUCCCACCUGCUAAGGUGCUGAUCAUUGGAGGAGGAGUAGCAGGCCUGGCUGCUGCUGGUACUGCCAGAUCCAUGGGUGCUAUCGUCAGGGGCUUUGACACUCGAGCGGCAGCCUUAGAGCAGUUCAAGUCUCUGGGAGCUGAGACUCUGGAGGUGGACAUUAAGGAGGCCGGCGACGGUCAGGGCGGCUACGCCAAGGAGAUGUCCAAGGAGUUCAUCGAGGCUGAGAUGAAGCUGUUUGCUAAGCAGUGUCUGGAAGUAGACAUCCUCAUCAGCACGGCACUCAUCCCCGGUCGCAAGGCUCCCAUCCUGAUCACCAAGGAUAUGGUGGAGAGCAUGAAGGAUGGCUCUGUGGUGGUGGACCUGGCUGCUGAGGCUGGAGGAAACAUCGAGACCACGGUGCCUGGAGAACUGUCUGUACACAAGGGUGUGACCCACAUUGGUUUCACCGACCUUCCCAGCCGCCUGCCCACCCAGUCCAGCACCCUGUACUCAAACAACCUGACCAAACUCAUCCGUGCCAUCAGCCCAUCUACUGAGAACUUCAACUAUGAAGUCAAGGAGAAGUUUAACUACGGAACCAUGGACCAUGUCAUCAGAGGAUCUGUUGUCAUGCAGAAUGGAACCAACCUCUUCCCAGCUCCUCUGCCCGAUAACAUCCCAGUGGCAGCCCCUCCCAAACCCAAGAGCAAGCAGGAGCUGGCUAAGGAGAAGGCUGCUGCCGUGUCUCCCUUCAAGGCUACCCUAACCACCGCUGGCAUGUACACUGGAGGUCUUGGCACCAUGUUAGGCCUGGGCCUAGCUGCGCCCAAUGCAGCCUUCACUCAGAUGGUGACCAUCUUCGGCCUGGCUACCAUUGUGGGCUACCACACGGUGUGGGGGGUGAGCCCAGCCCUUCACUCCCCACUCAUGUCCGUCACCAACGCCAUCUCCGGUCUGACAGCUGUGGGCGGUCUGUCUCUCAUGGGGGGUGGCUACGCCCCCUCCUCCUCUGCUGAGACCCUGGCUGUCGCGGCUGCCUUCAUCUCCUCAGUCAACAUCGCUGGUGGUUUCCUGGUCACCAAGAAGAUGUUGGACAUGUUCAAGCGUCCCACUGACCCUCCAGAAUACAACUAUCUCUACUUACUGCCCACCGGGGUGUUCGUUGGGGGUUAUGGAGUUGCCAUGCAGGCUGGCUACAACAUUGAACAGAUGAUGUACCUGGGCUCUGGUAUGUGCUGUGUGGGAGCCCUGGCUGGUCUGUCUAACCAGUCCACUGCCCGUCUGGGUAAUGCCCUGGGUAUGAUGGGGGUGGCGGGGGGCAUCGCUGCCACCCUGGGCUUCCUGAAGCCCACCCCGGAACUCCUGGCACAGAUGAGUGCCGCCAUGGCUGUGGGUGGCACCGCUGGGUUGGGUAUUGCUAGGAAGAUCCAGAUCACCGACCUCCCCCAACUGGUAGCUGCCUUCCACAGCCUGGUGGGUCUGGCUGCAGUGCUCACCUGCGUGGCAGAGUACAUGAUCGAGUACCCUCACUUUGCUACCGACCCGUCUGCCAACCUCACCAAGAUCAUCGCCUACCUGGGCACCUUCAUUGGAGGGGUCACAUUUAGUGGAUCUCUGGUAGCUUAUGGGAAACUGCAAGGUGUGCUGAGCUCCGCCCCCCUCCAUCUUCCCGGGCGCCAUGCUAUGAAUGCUGGGCUAAUGGCCUCCAGUGUGGGCCUGAUGAUCCCCUACAUGCUGGACCCCAGCUACACCACAGGCAUCACCUGUCUGGGCUCUGUGUCCGCACUCUCUGCCGUCAUGGGCCUGACUCUGACAGCAGCCAUCGGGGGUGCAGACAUGCCGGUGGUCAUCACGGUGCUUAACAGCUACUCCGGCUGGGCCCUAUGUGCCGAGGGCUUCCUGCUCAACAACAACCUGCUCACCAUCGUAGGUGCCCUCAUCGGCUCCUCAGGGGCCAUUCUCUCGUACAUAAUGUGUGUGGCCAUGAACCGUUCCCUGGCCAAUGUGAUCCUGGGUGGGUACGGUACGUCAUCCACUGGGUCAGGAAAGCCCAUGGAGAUCAUAGGAACACACACAGAGGUCAACGUGGACCAAACUGUUGAAAUGAUCAAAGACGCCCAAAACAUCAUCAUCACUCCAGGUUAUGGUCUGUGUGCUGCCAAGGCCCAGUACCCCAUCGCUGAACUGGUCAAGAUGCUGCAGGAGCAGGGCAAGAAAGUCAGGUUUGGUAUCCACCCCGUGGCUGGUCGUAUGCCUGGGCAGCUCAACGUGCUAUUGGCUGAGGCGGGCGUACCCUAUGACAUCGUGCUGGAGAUGGAGGAGAUCAACGAGGACUUUGCUGAAACGGACCUGGUUCUGGUGAUCGGCGCCAACGACACAGUGAACUCUGCAGCCCUGGAGGAUCCCAACUCCAUCAUCGCUGGCAUGCCUGUCCUGGAAGUGUGGAAGUCCAAACAGGUGGUUGUAAUGAAGCGUUCUCUGGGAGUGGGCUAUGCUGCCGUGGACAACCCCAUCUUCUACAAGCCCAACACAGCCAUGUUGCUUGGAGAUGCCAAGAAGACCUGCGACGCACUGCAGGCUAAAGUCCGCGAGGCCAGCCAGUGAGCCGUGGCCGGUGCAGUAGGACCUGGGCCCGUCAGACCGAGGUCCAGGGCAUCACACGUCCAGAGGGGGAGAGGAGUGGGCACAAACAAUCUAAUAGUUAGACGUAGCAUUAAUGUUGUCGUUUCCUCUCCUGGCAACAAGUUUUCCUCCCUUUUUUUCUGAACAGUUUUUUUGCAAUGAUGAUGAGUAGGUGUUCUCUUCUUUCUCACCAGGAGCAUUUUCUUCUCACCCUCUUUUUCAAAGCAAGGAAAAAAGCAAAAGUGUCACCUUUUUUACAUUUUAUUUUUAGAUUUUUCAAUGUUCGUUAGUUUUCCAGUUUUAUACUGUAGUUAGAUUUUUUGUAUUUGACCUGACCGAAUCGUACCACAAGUGUCAAAUUGAUUUGCAUUUAGCUCCUUGGCCUAGCAGCAACUGUUAACUUCAAUGUAAAGCCAUUGUCAGUAAUAGUUACUCUAAUCACUAACUGUAUGGGUUGUUUUUUUUCUCGAAUGCGUUUGGUGGACUGUGCUUAGUGUAAUGACCAGCUUUGUGAUGUAGUGGUAAUGUGUUACAUGUGAUUAGAAGCUUCAAGAAGUAGGAUUUAGUGAAUGUAGCUUCAGUUGGCCCUCCGCCACGCAGCUAAAUUUCCCCUUUUAGCACUACAGAGAUGUUGAAGGAACCAUGUAGAUUUAAGUUUAAUAAAAGAUGAGUAUCAUAAUAUGACUGUUAGAAUUUAUCAUAAAUUGUGAGAUUAUGGCUUAAUUUAGCAUGGAUACAUUUAUGAAUUGCUGAUUUGUCAAAUGGUUAGUUAGAGUCCUGCCCUGUCUGUGCCAAGCUCUUUCCUUAUGCCUUCAUCUAGACAGAAUCACUGUCUGAUGUUUUCUUACUGGGACCUUAUACAAUGCAACUCUAUAGAGAAACUGACCAUGACAACAUCCCUACCUCUGCAUAGCUUCCUAAAGUGACCAAAUUCACCUUCCAUUCUCUUCUUCGUAAACCAUUCUCUUCUUCCACUAAUACCGUCUUUCCAGACUUGUAUCUGUCUUGCUAUAUUUAGCUUUGCGUAGAAAGGUUAACAUAUGAAGGGUUGUUAUUCACUUACACGUGGUGCCAUAGCAGACCUAGUUGGUGUUAAAUUGUCAUUUUCCCCAUUUCUGUCCAGUUUUCAGUCAUGAGGUAAAGUAAAGAACAACUCGAGGGAAACAAUUAUUUUAGAAAAUAAUAGUUGUGAAUAAAUGGCAAAACAAAUUCCCACAAGUAUUUUUGUAUAGAGAAGAACCUAUUUGUAUAGUUGUGAGACUAAGGCUUACGCAGGCUUUGCUGCACAACAUUUUUCUAAUGUUCUAAUUUUCUAAUGUUGGGGAGAUGAAUGAAAUACUGUGAAUGUUUUUCUCUCUGGUUUAUCAUCCCUAAAUAAACCUUGAUUUAAUGGCA